AUUCUAUCUUCUAGCAUAGCGUUUGCAGGACGUGUGUAAAAAGAGAAAGAAAUCAUCAUGAAGGUUUUCUGCCUUGUUAUCGCCGCUCUCUUCGUUGCCUGCGAGGCCAAAAAUGCCGACCGUAGUGCACUUAACUUCCAAUCUAUGAUCUCUUACACUACUGGCCGUAGUGCUUUGGCUUUCAACGGCUAUGGUAACUGGUGCGGUCUUGGACCUUACUUCAGUACCCCAGCAACAGUUGACAAGAUCGACGAGUGCUGCAGAUCUCAUGACAACUGCUAUAGCGAUACUGGUUGCAACCUUUUGCAAUGGGAAGUUCUUAACCCAUACGAUUGGCACAAAAACUCUGCUGGCCGCAUCACUUGCGACGAUGCCUGGGGUACCUGUGACCGCGCUAACUGCGAAUGCGACAGAGUUGCUGCUGAAUGCUUCGCUUCCUACCCAUACAACUGCGACUACGCUCCUCUAUCUUACAAAUUGUUCUGUUAAGCUCUAGAGAAAGAAGCGAAAUCAUUUCCUAAUAUCAAGGCAAUCCAUACACCUAAACAGAAAUAUAUCGGAUAAUCAUGAUCUUAUAAUUGUAAAACUGGGUUAUAGUACUCCUUUAUUGAACAAUUAGCAAAUAUUUUAUACAUUGUUAGACAUGAAUUAUCACUUUUUACACCUAAAAAUAAACUACUCCUCAAAAUAGGUAAAAAUUUGUAGUUCUGAUUGUAUCAGUAGCUCAAUUCUGAACUGUCAUUUAGCAAUUAGAAAAAUAAAAGGAAUCUGAGUAAAAGGCUC